ACAAUUUAUCAUCAAGGGAAACAAACCUAAAACCCAAACAACCUCUGUCCUCUCUUCGUCGUCUUCACCAUUCACCUUCCGUUGCGCAAUUUAUAUGCAUCACUGACAAAGUUUAAUAUCUUAUUCACAUGAGGCAAAAGUUUUUUGGCUUUUAUGCUUUAGUAGUAUGCUUCACGAAAGCCAAGUUAGCCACACGUUGACUGGAGCAACCACAGUAUCGGAGCGGUCAGAAAUUUUAAUUUACUCAGGAUAUAGUUGCAAGCAAGGAUGGUUCUUCACACCGUGCAGCAGUGAUCCAAGUUUGAGGGGACUUAAGAACAUUCUGAGGAUACACAUAAAGAAGGUCAAUUGUUCAGACUGGGAGCAAAUCCCUAUCCCAGCUAGUGUUAGAUCUGUAGUUGCUCUAAAUCUUCCUAGUUAUGGAAGUGGAAGAAACCCAUGGGGAAAUUUGAAGCCAGACUAUUUGGAAAAGAAAGGCUUCGUUGAAGCGCAUGCUGAUGAUGGUUUGCUAGAAAUUUUUGGUCUGAAGCAUGGAUGGCAUGCUUCAAUGGUUAUGGCUGAAGUGAUCUCUGCCAAACACAUUGCACAGGCUUCAGCUAUUCGUUUUGAGCUCAGAGGGGGAGAAUGGAAAGAAGCUUUCAUGCAGAUGGAUGGUGAGCCAUGGAAACAGCCAAUAAACAAGGAUUUUUCGACAUUUGUUGAAAUGAAGAGGGUACCUUUUCAGUCGGUUAUGGUUCAUGGAGACUAAAUUCAACAGCUCCUCCUGGUUUUCUGGACAACUAUGAAUGACAUUGCGAGAGCUUGUCUGCCUGUGAUUAUUGUAAAUCUUUUUUUUUCCCUUUGAACCUAAUGUUAUAAAGUUUACUGCCUUGGCUAUUUGUGUAGUUUUCAACCCUUGUAACUAAAGUCCCCGUUGCACGCUUGUUUGUCCGCAACAGUUUCACAUUUGCAUUAGACUUUGUAAUAUUAUAAUUUCAUCAAAGAAUUGCAAAGUUCUUGCUUUACU